AUGCCUCUACAAAAAUCCUACUCGGAUCAAGUUGGUCGAACUAAGCGCUUGCCAUGGCAGCGAUCGAGGAGCAACCCCGUUCAACAAACACCAAGACCCCGGGCACUCCAGCCUGUGUCCGAGGUGACCAAGAACAAGCUCAAUAAGUUUCAGUAUCACACCGUGAAUGGCGAAGCAGCCUCAGAGAGCACAGAAAACGAUCAGAAUGUAUCAAACAACCGAACCAAGGACGAUACAACGACGACGCCCGCUACUCGAUUGACCUGGCAAGAGCUGCUCGAACCUGCAGGUGGUACCGAAGAUGACACGACGACAUCGCCGAAUGAUCGGCUUCUCUGGGACAACAGACAGGAUACAUUGUACAUGCCAGCAUUAUCUCCCAUGCUGAACCGCAAAGGAGCAAGAAAACGUGCUAGGAGCUCAUCGCCUGUUUCGUCUCCGGUAGCGGACAAGUCCAAUACACCCUCGGUAAACGUCAGGAAGCUGGCGCAAGCCCUCAAGUCACCACACGCGGAUCCAACACUGGAAUUAUGGGACCGAUACUCGCUAAACGGAACCGACAACGCUGGUAGCCCUCUAGGACUUGCGAACCCUGCACUUGCACAGUUGAUGGUGUCGUCUUCGCCGCGCCCAUCAAAAACAACGGUUGGCGAAACCAAUCUCAGACGAGCAAUAAGUUGUGGUUUGAAUUGGCCCAAGAGGAGAAGGGUAGAAAGAUCAACGUCAGGUAGUCGCCUGAGUACCGAGAUGGAAGAGAUGGAGGCAUCCAAGUCUUCAAUGGUAAAUGCACUGCUCGAUACGGUGACUAGUAGCAUCAACGGGCCAAGUGAGGAGCCCCAAGAUGCUCCAGAAUCUCCUUCUCCUAAGAAGAGACGGAUAUACACCACUAGCAGUGGCUCUCCACGCCUCUCGAAAACCCGAGCCAGGUCUCAAACGCCUGCAGAAGACCCUGCGCAACAGCAUGUCCAAGUUCCGGCUCGAGCUCCAGUUCAAUUACCACAUCCAGAACCUGCUUCCUCGGACUAUGGUGAUAAUGACUUUGACGAAUUUGACGACGACACCAUCAUGCAACUUGAAGCCAGCAUCAACACUACUCAAUUGGAAGCGAAUCAGCAACCCGAGGUAGUAGCAGCCGAAAACAAUCCGGUAACCGAGAACGAUAAAAAAACACCGGAAAAGUUUGGCGGCAAGCUGGACGAAUUUGACGACCUGGACGAUGACUUCUUCGACGAGGCAGAAAAUCUAAUUACUGCGGACUCUCAACAAGUAUCACAGGCUCCAGCAACGACAGAACUUGACGACUUGGAUGAUGAAUUUGGAGACGCAUUUGGCGGAGACUUUGAUUUUGAAGCCGUAGAACUGGCCGCAACGCAAGCAGCCCAGAACUGCUCCGGAGACAUUCUUCUCAUCCAGGCCGACAAUUCAAAAGAUAUAAAGACGGUUCACCUGAGGGCCUCAUGGUUUGACACACCGGCCCACGCAGAAGCCUACGUUCACAUUAUAGGCGAUUUCUCUUUAAGAGGCCAAUGUAUCAUUGACGAUGGCCAAAAUCUUCUUAUUCUACACCCUGAUCAACUUAUAUCCGCAACCGUGGUGGCUGAUUCGUUCGGUUGCAUGCGCCGUGCUGUGCUGCAAGAUCGAGUCAAGGCCACCAGUCCACCAACACCACCCCUUAUCUAUGGAACAAUGUUACACGAAAUCUUCCAAGAGGCCCUUCUUGCUAAUAAGUGGGAUCUCCCUUUUUUAUGCGCCGUCAUCGACCGAAUAACAGAAAAGCAUGUCGAGGACCUGUAUACUAUCAAAGUUGGCAUACCUUCGGCUCGAGAGCAUCUACAAUCCAAAAUGACCGAAUUGAGUUACUGGGCUGGCGCUUUCGUAUCUUCCCGCCCAAAGCAGGAUGCGAUAGUUGAAGACCGAAACGGGAAAAAGGCAAAUAUGGCCGUUACCAAGCUCUUGGAUGUUGAGGAACACGUAUGGUCUCCAAUGUACGGACUCAAGGGCAACAUCGACGCAACCGUUGAAGUUGCAAUGCAGGAUGGAAAUGAUAUUCGGACUUUGACUUUGCCUUUUGAGGUCAAGACGGGUAAACAUGCAAACAGUAAUCAUAUGGCUCAAACGGCACUCUAUACUUUGCUCUUAUCGGACCGCUACGAUAUUGAGAUUGCGUAUGGAAUCCUCUACUAUAUGGAAACAUCCAAGACGAUGCGUAUUCCCGCAAUCCGACACGAGCUCCGACACAUGAUCAUGCAAAGAAAUCAACUAGCAUGCUAUGUUCGAGAAAGAAGUGUCCAGUUGCCACCAAUGCUCAAGAGCAAGCACAUGUGUGGGAAAUGCUACGCCAAGACAUCGUGUUUCAUCUACCAUCGACUCGCUGACGACGGAGAUGGAGAGUCGAGUGGCAUGAAUGAGAAAUUUGAUGAGCUCGUCAAGCACUUGACUCCUCAUCAUCAACAAUUCUUCAUCAAGUGGGAGAAUUUACUGACCAAAGAAGAGAAGGAGAGCCAAAAAACCAAAAGAGAGUUAUGGACAAUGACUAGUACUGAACGAGAAAAGAAAUCUCGAUGUUUUGCAGAUGUCAUCAUCGAAGAGGGUUCAGCUUCAGUCGACACGGACAACCCUAGGAUCAAUCGAUACCACUACACCUUUGUCAAGCGAGUUCAAGUUUCAGGAUUCUCAUUCCUGGAGUCCGAGUUGUCAGUCGGAGAGCCAAUUGUGGUCUCUGACGAGGAGGGCCACUUCGCCUUGGCUAUAGGCUACGUUACAGCAGUCAAGAGGCAACGAAUCAGUGUUGCAGUUGACAGGCGACUUCAUAAUGCCCGCAUUCGACAACCUGGCUUUGAUGAGAGGGAUAAUCAGAUUUUUGCUAGCAUUAUGGACGUUGCCCACGAGGGGGCGACCCAGGAUGAGGCAACAGGCAAAAUCAAAGAGGCUCCUAUUCGGUAUCGACUCGACCAAGAUGAAUUCAGCAACGGAAUGGCGACUGUUCGCAACAACCUCGUCCAGAUGAUGGCAGAUGAUAUCGUGGGAUCGCGGCAAAUUCGACGACUGAUCGUUGAUCUAGAAGCACCAAUAUUCAAGGCUGCGCCAACUCAGUACAUCGUGUCGGAUCGAGAUAGCCUAAAUGUUGAUCAACAUCGCGCCAUCGAAAAAGUCAUGAGUGCUCAAGACUACGCACUUGUUCUUGGAAUGCCCGGUACUGGAAAAACAACAACUAUUGCUCAUAUCAUCCGUGCUUUGACAUCACAGGGGAAGAGCGUGCUUUUGACCUCGCAUACACAUACUGCUGUGGACAACAUUCUACUAAAACUCAAGGCUGACAAAAUACCUAUCCUUCGUCUGGGUGCCCCGGCCAAAGUGCACCCUGACGUCCAGGACUUCGCUAUUCUUGCAGGCCAUCCAAUGAAAUCAUUCGAUGAGAUCAAGAAUGCAUGGCACUGGACACCAAUCGUCGCAACGACAUGUCUUGGUAUCAACCAUUCUGUCUUCCAUGAACGUUCCUUUGAUUACUGUAUCGUGGACGAGGCAUCACAAAUUACACUGCCCAUCUGCGCUGGUCCGAUCAGAAUGGCUCGCACUUUUGUUCUUGUUGGCGACCAUAAUCAGCUCCCUCCCGUGGUAAAGAACGAAGAAGCACGCGACGGCGGUCUCGAUGUCAGCCUGUUCAAACUCUUGUCCGACACCCAUCCCGAAUCGGUCGUCAACCUAGAGCAUCAGUAUCGUAUGUGCGAGGAUAUCAUGACUCUGAGCAACACUCUCAUCUAUAAUGGAAGACUUCGGUGCGGUACAGAGCAGCUUCGAAGGCGGAAACUUGAAGUUCCACGAAUGGAGGCUCUCAUGCAGCGACACUACGAUGCAUCAACCAUCAACGCAGCAACUCCCCGAUCGUUCUGCGCUGCCCCUGGUCCGAAUCGAUGCUGGCUAUAUGACCUUCUCGAUAGCGAUGCGCGCGUACGUUUCAUUAACACUGACACAAUCCAACCUCCCGUCCGUGAAGAAGCCCAGGGCAAACGAAUCGUCAACUCAGCUGAAGUCCGCAUCGUUUCUCAGCUCGUUGACAGCCUUUUGACAGUUGGAGUUCCAGACUCUGAAAUUGGUGUGAUGACACACUACCGAGCACAGCUUUUUAUGCUCAAAGACAAGCUCAAGGUGUUCUCUGGAGUAGAGAUGCACACAACAGAUCGUUUCCAGGGACGAGAUAAGGAGGUGAUUGUCCUCAGUCUCGUGCGAAGCAAUGAAGCGUGCAAUAUUGGAGACCUGUUGAAGGAUUGGAGACGAAUAAAUGUUGCUUUCACACGAGCCAAAACGAAGCUCCUCGUUGUUGGGAGCAAAUCGACACUCAAGGGUAGCGGCAGCGACAGUAUGCUAAGUCGAUUCAUAUCUUUGAUGGAGGACCGGAAUUGGAUUUACGAGAUGCCCGCCAAUGCGCUUGAGAACCAUUAUUUUGAGGACUUUGGUACACAGAUCACAGCUACAGGCCCUACGCAAAGGAUUAAAUCACCACGGAAGAAAGCUUCUGGAAAGGAGAACCGUAGGCGUUCACCGAAAACGGCCAGGAUUAGCGACAAGGCGUUAUUGAAAGGGAAGCUUAUCACGAGGGACAUCUUGAACGAAAUGACCAACGGCGCAUAUGUUUGA